GAACGGCUGCGCGCGCCGGCUCCGUAUCGAGCGGACGUCAGCCCAGUUGUCAGUUGUCAGCGGGUGCCGGCGAGUGCGUGUUGUGUUUGUGAACGCGGAGCUCCGACGAUGGCUCUGCUGCGACGUCUGGCUGUGAACGCGCCGCGGAGCGCCCGCGUACUGUCCUCCGCGCCCCCAACGAGAGACGAGCUCGAUCUCAACUUCAACAGCCCCAAGGAUGCGUUCAAAAGCAAGAAAACGAGCGAGCUGGUCCGCGCCUACCUCGUGUACCAGAUAUGCUCCGUCAACUGGAUCGUCGAGAACAACGCCAUGUUGAUGAGGAGGCUGCGGCAGGUCGUGGGCAACAGACUCUUCGAGGCCAUCAUGAAGGCCACCUUCUACGGCCAGUUCGUCGCCGGCGAGGACCAGAACAAAAUCAAGCCUACCAUCGAGAGGCUGCGCUCUUUUGGAGUCAAAUCGAUCCUCGAUUACUCCGUGGAAGAGGACCUGUCUCAAGAAGAGGCAGAGAAGAGAGAAGUCAGCGCUUCAGUGUCCACCUACGGAGACAAGCAGGAGGAGGGCCAGCUCAAACAGUACCACGUGGAGCAGCGCUUCGCGGACCGUCGGUACAAGGUCACCAGCGCCCGGACCUACUUCUACCUCAAUGAGGCGUCUUGCGAGAAGAACAUGGAAGCGUUCUUGAAGAGUAUCGACGCUGUUGCCGGUAUCACCAAGAGCACGGGACUUAUGGCUAUCAAACUGACAGCCCUCGGAAGGCCGCAGUUGUUGCUACAACUGUCGGAGGUGAUUAUGCGCGCACGUAACUACAUGCAGCAGAUCGCCGGCGGGACCGGCAACGUGCUCACCCACCACAAGACCAUCGAGGAUCUACAGCGGUACUUCGGAGACAACAGCUCCAAGCCGGAGGUGCAGGCUUUCAUGAGGAGCAUCACCUCGGAUAAAGAGGGUAUCGUUCACCUGUUCCCGUGGUCGAACAUCCUGGACGCAGACAUGGGCCUGUCGGACUCGUUCCGGGUGCCUGACCCGAAGACGGGCCAGAUGAGGCGGCUCAUCUCGCAGAUAUCCCCCAAGGAGGAGGAGAUGUUCCGCAACAUGCUCCGUCGGCUUAACGUUAUCAUCCAGGCAGCCAACGAGGUGGACGUGCGGAUCAUGAUCGACGCGGAGCAGACGUACUUCCAGCCGGCCAUAUCGCGCAUCUGCGUCGAGAUGAUGCGCCGGUACAACAAAGAGAAGUUCCUAGUAUUCAACACGUACCAGACGUACCUGAAGAACACGUUCAACGAGAUCCUGACGGACUUGGAGCAGGCGUCGCGGCAGAACUUCUUCUGGGGCGCCAAGCUCGUGCGCGGCGCUUACAUUGAGCAGGAGCGCGCCCGCGCGGCGGCGAUGGGCUACGAGGACCCCACGUGCGAGAACGUGGACGCCACCACCGCCUCCUUCCACCGCUGCCUCAAGGAGAUCCUCAGCAGGGUCAAGACUGAGAAGACUGGACUGGGCAUAAUGGUGGCGUCGCACAACGAAGACACCGUCCGCUAUGCCAUCCAGCUCAUGAAGGAGCACAGCAUCAAGCCCGAAGACAAGGUCGUCUGCUUCGGUCAGCUGCUGGGCAUGUGCGACCACAUCACCUUCCCCCUUGGUCAAGCCGGCUACUCAGCAUACAAGUACGUCCCAUACGGCCCCGUGGUCGAGGUCCUCCCCUAUCUGUCGCGGCGCGCCAACGAGAACCGCGGCUUCCUCCAGAAGAUCAAGAAGGAAAAAGGCCUCCUCCUCAAGGAAAUCUUCCGCCGAGUAUUCACCGGACAGAUGUUCUACAAACCAGAAGGCAAGUACACGCCAGUGUAAAUCGAACUGUGUUACGGUGUGCUAGAAUCUAAUUUGCCGCGUGUCAAUUCGAAGGGUGGACUGUCAACCAGUGGGCUGUAUGGCGUCUCAAUGUAGUAAGGUUGGAGUUUUUUACAAACUUGGCCUGCGCUGCCGUGCGCCCGGCGUAGAUGGCGUGAGAAGUUUUAUUUAUUAGACAUCACACUAUAGUCAUUGAUAUGAUUUUUUGAUAACAAUGCAUUUAAAUAUUUAACGGAAUUCAAACAAAUUCGUAAUGUAAAUUUUUGUUAAUUUGUUCAUAAAUUAAUUUAAUUUAUUAAUUAUUCAAUAAAAAUGUUUAUAAUUGGGACGCCAUAAUCAUGACUGACGUUUUAUACGUGGAAAAGAGACGCAGGAUGCGUUCGUCUCUGUCGUUUACAGUGUUGUCAGAUGCUUCGUUCAGUAUUGUUUACUAUAAAAAAUAUUAUUUAUGAUUUUUGUCAACGCUUAUUCGUGUAGUGUAAAUUUAGAUCGCCGUUUAAAGUUGAUGUUAAAUUUAAUAAUAGUCAUUGUGUUUUUACAUUACGUCCAUUAUACAAUAAUUAUGUCAUUUGAUAAUAUUUAUUGAGGUUGCAUUUUGUGAAUAAUUUAAUUGAGCAACCUGAUAACGAUAUUGUAACGGUCACUAAUAAAUAACUUGAAAUAAUUUCUAGGAUGCCAUUGUAAUAUGAAGUUUUCGUAUUUCAAUGCACACAGAUUUCAACUUGGCUGGAAAACUGCCAUGCGCCCGUUUUGUAAAAGUAUCUUUAUUUGCCGAAGUUUUGUUUUGGACAAUAAUGAUAUAGAGUAAUAGGUACACGGUUUUAGGGAUUUGAAGUACUCGUAAUGUAAAAAAAAAGUUGUUGGUCGAAUGAUUAAAUCGUUAGUAAAAUUAUAGGGAAUUUGUGAUUGCGAGUCUCACUAAUGCUUCAACCACACCAACGCGUGCAGAUCGCCACUGGCGCGACCAUAGGCCAAUGACAGGUCGCGUGGACUGUCAUGGGUCGCGCUACCUGUCAUUGGCCUAUGAUCACGCCGGAUGGCGAUCUACACGCGUUGGUGUGGUUGAAGCUUAAUAUUGACUUUAGCUAGGUCAGGUUAAACCGCAUUAAAGGCAAAAUUACGGCAAUAUUAUAUUGUCUCCAAAGACUAAAAUGCCCUAAUAGUAACGCCUAUACAUUCGUGAGACCAUAGAGUUAGGCGGAAAAAGUUUUCUUUUUCGUAGCUCGUAAUGUGGCAAAGGAAUAACAUUUUUAUUCGUCUUUUAUUCUCGAUUCUUGUGCCAUGGAGAUAAUCUCGAAAUGGAAAAAAAUGCGGAUUAGUGAUUUUCGAUGCUGAAAAUCUGUUUUUUUUUUAUCCACAACGAGGAAGCUCUUGGCUUGUAUCUCACCUGAUGGUAAGUGAUGAUCAGGCUGAAGGUGGAAGCGAGCUUCACCCGGAAUCCUUAACGACAGAGGAACUGGCUAUCUUACCUCAAACUGCCGGAACACAACAAUGCUGUUAACAUUGUUGUUAUGGCGACAGACUUGUGACGGGCGGUGUCAAAUCGGUAAGACUCGAUUUUCACACGAAAAUACUUACCAUAUUUUCUAUUUUUCGAGAUGUUCUAUUGUUCGAGAAUCGAAGUUAGGCAGAAUCUCUAGUUCGGACGUGUCGUCCUUGUAAUCGUAUCUACUCAAUUUACUUACAAAUGAGCAUUUUUAUAAUAAUUUUUGAAAGUGGUUCGUUAUUUGCAUUUUACACUACGUUAUUAAUUCUCUAAGAGAUCUGACUAUUUAUUUGUGUACACCUGAGUCUCAAAGUUUAAUCUAAACUUUAAAGAGUUAUAAGAGUUGAAUACUUAGUUAUAAUCAAUGUAAAUAUGUACCCUCAUAAUUUAAAAGUAUCAAUACUUUUGCCGAGUGUCUUAAUAUCUAUUAAUUUACAUGUUUUAUAACUCUUUAGAUUUAGUUAGACUGUAUUAUAAUCUCAUAGAUCUCGAGUUGAUAUGCCAAGCACGAAAACUAGUUAGAAUUUUCCCAAAAUCCCCCCUAAUGUGUUCACGUUGGGGACGAUUGGGAAUAAUAUUCAUGUGACGGAGCAAAAGUUAAAAUACCAUUUUCUCCUCGUCCUCGUGUUUGGCGUACUGAGUGUAUCCUGUCUUUGUCUAGUCGAGCUUAAACUUUAACGCCAAAACAGUUUUCUUCUCAGAAAACUGCAUUUUGGAAAGACCUUUACUCGACUGCAUUCGAUGGUCGUGAUAUUGCUGUGGUCAGUUCCUACACUUAUUUAGGUUUAUGGAUUGAUUGUACCGUCACAAAACGUUGAUAUUAAAAUGCUGCUUAGUUUGAUAUUCUAAUUUAGGCGAUUUAAAAGAUCAAUUUAGCUUUAUUAAGCAGACUAAACGCAGUUAACGCUACACAGAAUCACUAGAUAGUUUACUAUCAAUCUUAUAAAUUAUCAGGAUAUCAAACUAGGUGAAGUAAGAAGAACGAUAUUAAUAAACGUAGCUGCGAAUUGGACGCUAUCAUUUUUUAAAUCUGACCAUGUUUAUAAUGACGUUUAAUUAUUAUUAGUUCAGUCAGUCAUAACUUCAUUGUUUUCUAGUUUUUUAAAAAAUCAGUCACGGCGUAACACGACCACAGAAGAAAAUGUUUUUACUGAAUAGAACUAGACUGGACUGAUGAAGUGACUUGCUCAAAAAAAAAAACAUUUUGAAAGCGUCCAAAGCCAGUUAUGGAUAUGGAUAAAACUAUUGUCACUACUGUAUUACUAAAUUAUCGUGAGUUCGUUGUACGUUUAGUUCCAAUUGUAUUUUGUUUUAGAACAAUGUUAUUACUUCUUAUUUUAAUUUAUAAGCGAUUUAUAGUUUUCAUUAUCUUCGCUAAUUAAUUAUGUGAUGCUAUUUUUAGAUUAUUUUACGAAUAGACUUUUAAUAAAGACAAGGCUCGUUUUGA